CUGAGGGGCGGCUCGGGCCCCUUCCGGCCGGGGCGGGGCGGCGGGGCCGCGGGAGCAGGCGGGCGGCGCGCCGGUGCGGCCCUGGCUGGCGGCCGCCAUGUGCGGCCCGUGAGGCGCCGCGCGGUCCCUCGGAGCGCUCUGGCGUCUCGGAAGGGCUUUGUGUUGCACACUCGAUGGAAGCGCUUCGUAGUCCCGGAAGCGCUUUGACAUCUCGGAAGGAGCGCUGUGCUAGGUGAUCGCGGAAGCGCGCUGUGGGCGUGAAAGCCGGACCGAAGCCCUUGGCAGACCCACUGGGGUCGUUGGGACUUCUCCGAAGCGCUUUGGGAUCGCAAACAGUCGAAGCGCUUUGGCAUCUCUGAAACCUUGAGAACUGUGAUGGGCAGUGGAAAGAAGGGGGAAAGGUGCCCAUGGCGUCGGAGCGGCGCAAGGUCAAGUACCACUGGAGUAGCACUUCGGGAGGGUGUCCCCGCAAGCGCAGCCGCCCCCGGGAGCCCGGCCAUGUGGCCCCCUCCAGCCGGCCCGCUCGCAGCUCUGCGUCGCGGUCAGGAGGGGCCAGCAGCCCCAAGCGCCUGAAAGCCCAGGAGGACGACGAUGUGGCCUGCACGCUGCGGCUGUCCCGGGGCUCAUCCCGCCACAGGAAUUCCUCCUCCUCCUCUUCCCAGUCGUCUGGCCCAGGUGUGGGCGGGGCUGCCUCCAAGGGCUGCCUGAGUCGGAGCGCACAGGGGUUCCUUUCGUCCGGGGAGUCCCGUCUGGGCCCUGCCAACCCCUCGCUAGAAGAGAUGGCUUCUCUAGAGGAGGGAGCCUGCAGCCUUAAGGUUGAUUCCAAAGAUAGUUCUCGUAAUUCCAUGAACUCUGAAUUUGCAGCUGAAGCUGAGGGCCAGAAUGAGGUGACUGAGGAACCUAACAAGGUCCAGAAAAGGAAGAGGGAUAGACUUCGAGACCAAGGCUCUACCGUGAUCUACCUGAAGGCUAUCCAGGGCAUUCUGGGAAAGUCGAUGCCAAAAAGGAAGGGAGAGGCUGCCACUAGGGCAAAACCAGGCCCCGGAGAGCGUCCCAGCUGUGGAGAAGGACCAGCCAGGAGUGUCAGUGUGUCUGCUCCUCAGAAAGAGAGGGAGUCAGCCCCAGACAUCAGAGCGGAGGAGGAAAAGCCUGUGCUGGAGGGGAGCAGCUUCCGCGACAGGAGAGUGGUGAUAGACCCUCAGGAGACCCCCAGUGAGGAGCCACUUGGGGACCGAAGGACAGUCAUUGACAAGCGCUCUCCACCCCUAGAGUUUUUGGAUGACUCUGACACUCAUUUAGAAAGCCAAAAGCCUAAAGAAAGGGAGGUGGUGCUAGAGCACACCUCUUCAGGAAGUGACUGGUCCGAUGUGGACGAGAUCUCCACAGUCAGAUUCUCUCAGGAGGAGCCUGUCUCGCUGAAACUCCCAGCAGUUCCAGAGCCUUCUGCCUUCCCCACUGACUAUGUCAUGUACCCGGCUCAUUUGUACAGUAGUCCUUGGUGUGACUAUGCCAGCUAUUGGACCAGCAGUCCCAAGCCUUCCAGCUACCCCUCUGUGGGCAGCGGCAGCGGUAAUGACACAUCGCAGGCUGGGAGGGGCAGCCGGGGCCUCCUGAGUGAUUAUCCUGCCAACUCCACAGUGAGCUCCCACAACGCCUCCCGAGACUUGGUGGCCACAGAGGAGGGCAGAUCCCAGAAUUCGCGUUCAUCGCGCUUCUCCAGAAGCUCGGAAGAAGAAGAGCUGAAGGAGAGACGGACAUUCCAGGAGGAGACGCCACUGCGUCCUUGUGGAGGACAUGGGUCUAGCUCCCUGCCAAGGAGCCAUCGGGAGCCCAUCCCAGAGGAGGGUUUCAUCGAUACCCAUUGUCACUUGGACAUGCUCUAUUCCAAGUUGUCUUUCAAAGGGACCUUUACCAAGUUCAGAAAAAUUUAUAGCAGCUCCUUCCCUAAGGAAUUUCAGGGCUGCAUCUCUGACUUCUGCGAUCCUCGGACUCUGACAGACUGCCUGUGGGAGGAGCUGUUGAAAGAGGAUCUGGUUUGGGGGGCCUUUGGCUGUCACCCUCAUUUUGCACGUUACUACAGUGAUAUUCAAGAAAGAAAUCUUUUGCAAGCCUUAAGGCACCCCAAAGCUGUGGCAUUCGGGGAGAUGGGCCUGGAUUACUCUCACAAGUGCACCACGCCUGUGCCCGAGCAGCACAAGGUGUUUGAGAGACAGCUGCAGCUGGCCGUGUCUCUGAAGAAGCCCUUGGUGAUCCACUGCCGAGAAGCUGACGAAGAUCUGCUGAGCAUCAUGAAAAAAUUUGUGCCCUCAGACUACAAGAUCCAUAGGCACUGCUUCACCGGCAGCUACCCGGUCAUCGAACCCCUGCUGAAGCACUUCCCCAACAUGUCUGUGGGCUUCACGGCGGUGCUGACGUACUCCUCUGCCUGGGAGGCCCGGGAGGCCCUGAAGCAGAUCCCGCUGGAGAGGAUCAUCGUGGAAACUGACGCGCCCUACUUCUUGCCUCGACAGGUUCCCAGAAGCGUCUGCCAGUAUGCCCACCCAGGCCUGGCUUUGCAUACAGUUCGAGAGAUUGCCAGGGUCAAAGAUCAGCCACUCUCCCAUACUUUGGCCACUCUGCGUGAGAACACCAGUCGCCUCUACAACCUUUAAUCAGAGAGGGUGCCAUCAGGAGUCUCCCAGAAAAGGACGACCAGCAGCCUGACAGAACAUAGGCUGGGUUUGAACUCUGCCUGUGUCCCGGGUCAAGGAUGUGUUUGGAGAGCCCAUUGGAGUGGAGAAAACCAGGCAGGAUGUUUUCCUUGAAACCUCAUCAUAAGGCUUCUACUUCUGGCUGGUGGGGGGGGCAGGGGGAGGGGCGCACGAUAGAGGCGGAUAAGGGGUGGGUUUUGCCUCCUGGCCACAGAGCUCCAGGGCAUUCAGUGAAGAAGAAAGCGGCUGAUGGAAGGGUGCAACAGGUUUGCCAGUCCACAUCCCUGUUUUCUGCAGCCUGUGUUUUUGAGCAGUCUGUGAAUAAAGUCCCUUCCUACUGUCUGAGUACAUGUGGGCGUGUAACUUCGUUCCUGGUUCUCAGUGCUAAAAAUGAACUCCCAAGUGGGAAAGCUCCUCUGUGGGACAGUCACUGGAGACCUGCCUCAGAGGUUUAUUUUCCUGCAACCCGUGGAGUCAUCCCCCUUCCUUCCCUGGAUAACUCUGCAGUGUGGCUGUCACUGUUGCUGCAUCAGCUCUGCGUUGGCACAGGCGAAAGGACCUCAGCUGCUGGUCUCACUGGUUCCACUGCCAUCAACACGGAGGGGCAGAGGGGUGUUCGCUGACCAGGGAAAGUCCUGGCAGAUGGCGAUCCAGACAGAUUUGGGGAGUCAAGGAAGAGGCUUCUUGAGGAAGAGGACCCCAAAAAAGGUGUUCCCACUUCCUGAUGCCCCCAGGGCUGCAGCUUGGGUGUGUUAAACUGAUAAAGGUCCAGGGUGCAGCAGAAGCUACCUCUGGUCUGCUGUCAGGGGGUCCUAGCCGCCCUUUGCUCCAUUUUUGCCCCCUUCUGGAGCACUGGACCAAAAAUACUCCUCCCGUUUGAUCCUAUAUAACCGCCCCUUGUUUGCCCCCAUCUAGGUUUAGAGGUAAACAAUUUAAUUCUCUGAAGCUCUGCUGGGGCUGCUCAGCCAUGUUCUCUUGCCUCUGCAGGAGAAGGAGGCCUGGUGUCUAUACAUUUCUCCCCUUCCUGGGCUCUCCUUUGCCUUUGCCUCCUCUCUGUCCUUGCUCCAUGCUGGAGGUGAGAGCCUCUUCUUUGACUUUCGAGCAGCUGGGUCAUCUCAAGUUCUGAGUGUUUGCUCCCUGCUGGUGCCUUGUAAAGGUGUAUUCAUUACCGGCCCUGGAAGGUUACAGUGGUCAAGGGUCAAGUGUGAGGACACCGGACUUUGUCCAAAAGGGUCCUUUACCCCAACCUCCCACGGUGAGAAGGCCACCCUGAGUCCCUUGUCUGUUUCUUGGAGGCCAGCAGCUUAAGGUGUAUAAUCCGUCACUCAGGCUGGACUCCUCUAGGUGUUUUUGGAAGGCCCACUUGAGCCUUGUAAAGUAAGAGGGAGUGCACUGAACGUGUCGUAUCUGAUACUUCCGUCUUGCCCUGGCACACAAGUCGUUGGCCUGGGAAGGAGGCCUUGAUUCACUGUCGGCCUUCCAUGGAUCAGCUGUUUGUGCCUCAAGUUUGCCAGUGUGGGGAAUUGGGCCUAGUUCUCCUGCUUGGAAGAUUUGGGGGACUGCUGAGUAUUUCAGGGUGCUUUAUUGACACCCAGGUGAACAUCAGCAUAUCCAUCUCCUUCACAACAAGCCCUACAAGUCAAUACUGCCUCUUCGGGAAACCAGCUAGUCCUGUUAGAGGAUUGAAAGCAGUGACAGCGGAUGUCUCUGAGCCUGUGCGGACUCCCUGCCAAGGUAAAGCACAAGGUGCUAUAGACUUUCCUCGAGGAUUUGGGAGUAUCCUGUCUUUGCUGGUACACAGUGACACCUGUGUGGGCAUGGAAGCUGGCCGGCAUGGCUUUGAUUCAGUUUUUGGAUGGCUGACAUGAUUGUUUUUGCUGUGCUGCUGGAAUGCCUCUGUAUCCCCCCGGGCCAUCUCUUUCUGAAAAUAAAGUGAUGGAUCUUCAGCCAACUCCAUGCUCUCCAUGUGUGUUUGUAUUUCUCGUAGUGAUGACAAUGGUUUAGUUGUCAGCCAGCUUUAUAACCUCAGAAUCCAAAGGUCUGGAGACAUUCUCGAGGAUAUACAUGCCUCUUGGCAAAACUAAACUGGAAAUGAGAAUGCAUGGUACCUUCUUUAAAGUCCUGCUGCCUUUGAACUUGGCUUUCAUUAUACUGCCUGGGAACUCAGGUACUCCUGCUUCUUAGCCUUUGAAAAGUACGUAGAUACCUUUUCUUUGUUUUCCAGAGCAGUGCAGUAGGAGGAAGAAAAAUGGAGUACGAGGGGGUGUUGGGGACUCAGUCGUACUGUAGGCUUUGGAUGUGAACUCCUCGAUGCCUUUGUGUAGACUUGGCAGGAAAUUCUGUUUCACUAUUUGGAGUCAGUCCUCUUAAUUUUGGACUAAGGUGUUCUUGAACACAAGUGCACGAGCCAAAAGUAAACCCGUAAGAAGGAGGGCUGUGUUCCAGGAAUGCUAAACAAAUCUGAAAUCUCUGUGGAUUCUUCAUCUUUGAGACACAGUCGUUGACUCUAAAUUUGCAGCAUGUUCAUUCACUUCCUCUCAGUUCCUUCCCAGUUCAAAACACAGUUGGCCGCGUCCGUUCAGUGACAGUCUCUUUGUGGCUGGAGAUCUGCUGCUCUUGGCUUUUCUGGUGUUUGCAUCUUCCUGUAUUAAGUUUGAGACCAACAUUAAUUAUUUACUGUCAGCAUUUUCAUUUUUACUUCACUCAUUUUUAUAAAGUAAGGGCAAAUGGCCACUGAAAUACACAGUGAUUGAACAAACUCUGUCAAAAAAAGAUGGCAGAGAACGGUUGAUAGUGGUCGGCCAGCCCCCACGAUCACUCUAAAAUGCUUGUUUGUCGGUGACAUUUGGAAGUGUAUUCAGAUUAGGAAAGCUGGCCAGGCGUGGGCCUGUGUCUUCUGUUUGCACAGCAUCAUAAGAGAAUUUCUUAGCACACCCCUGUAAGUGUAUAAUGAGUUAAAUACAUGUGUGCUGCUAUCCUAAUGUACUAGAUAUGUUAAAGCAUAAAAUAAAAGUGGUUUUGAAGAGAAGUAUUUUCUCCAGCAAAUAUGUCACUCGCCCCAGGGGUAAAUA